AUGUUGUCUAUUUUAGAUCACUGCUUUACUGAAAUGUCGCCGAAAGGCAAGCAAGUUGAAGUUGAUACUAAGGAGGAAUUUAGCAAUGGCGCCGAAGCCGAUGAGUCGUAUACAGUGGAAAAGAUCUUGGCUACUAGACGAAGAGCUGGACGUCGUGAAUACUUGAUCAAGUGGGAAGGCUACCCUGAGGAAGAUGCCACGUGGGAAGCCGAGUGUGAUUGUGACUGCCCGGAUGCGAUAGCGGAGUUCCUCAAGAGUAAACCUAGUAGGGCCCGCGGUGGAAAGGAUGACAGUACCAUCAUGAUUGGAGAGCAGGAAAUUAGUCCGAAACAGUCGAAAGGCGCUAGAAGAACCACCCUAUCGGAAACAAGAGGUCUGGAUGUGCCGAAAAAAAGUAGGCGUCGAACUAUUACGGCCACAUCAAAUCACGGAGAAUCGGCGUCAAAGAAGGAAAAAGUUGUAACUCCCGAGGAACCGAUGAAGGACCUCGACAAAUCCGCAACUCAAAACGGAGUCAGAUGGGCAUCCAACGAUAGUGAUGAGGGAUCCCUUCGUUCACGAUUCCUUAAGACAAAGAAAAUCAAGGAGGAUGUGAACUCAAGCACUGAAUCUUCAUCAUACAAUAUAAUCUAG